AUGAACAUCCACUUCCCAAAGCUGACCAAGGAGCAAAAGGUAGCUCGUGCCGAGUCUCUUCUUGGUCACUUCAUCGGCAAUGGUAGUAUAUAUCUGCACAAGGUGAUCGGCUACGGCUCCUUCGGCGUCGUCAUCCACGCAUAUGGACCACGCAAUGAGCGCACAGGCCGCUUCAAAGAGUACGCCGUCAAGUGCAUGUGCAAGCUGAUGUCUAUCAAGGAGCAUAUACUCGCCGCAGACGAGAUCCGGUAUCAUAAGGAAAUAUCCGGCCAUCCGAAUAUCCUUCCCUAUAUCGAGAUCUUGCAAGACGACCUCUGGUUCUAUCUCGUCCUCGAGUACUGUCCAGGCGGCGACUUAUUCAAGGAGAUCGUGUGCAAGCGUACGUACUACGGUGACGACGCUCUCACCAAAAAGGUAUUUGUGCAGAUCUUGAACGCAGUCGAAUAUUGCCACUCCAAGUCUGUAUACCAUCGCGAUCUCAAACCGGAGAACUGUCUAGUCAAGGACAAUGGCAGGACGGUGCUGUUGAUGGACUUCGGGCUAGCCACGAACAAGAAGCGGUGCCACGAAUGGGGUUGUGGAAGUCGCUUCUACAUGGCUCCCGAGGUAUAUGGAGUCAACCGAGAGCCAUACUGCGCCGCCGCUGCCGACGUCUGGGCGCUUGGCGUCAUCCUCGUCAAUCUCGUCACCGGCCGCAACCCUUGGCACAAAGCGGUGGAAGGAGACAGCGUAUACGACAACUUCUGCCGCGACCCGAACGCGCUCCAGAACAUCCUUCCCAUCUCUCCGGAGCUCAACCAUCUUCUGCGCCGCAUCUUCGUCGAGCCGAAGCUGCGACCGUCUAUCCCCGAGAUACGCAAAGACGUCCUCAAGAUCGACCGUUUC